AUGUUCCAUGUACAGAACACGGCGUUUGCGCUGGCGCUCACGGGUCUUGCCUUCUGGCCCGAGAACGUGGUGAAAGAAAUGAAUGAAGAGCUCAAGGGCAUGCUGCACAUCUGCACACAGCACGAGAGCAACACCCAUAUGUGGAAUGCCAGGACCAUGGCCGACUUCCUGCCGUUCCUGGCAGUGGAGCUCAGGACCAGGAGGCUGGCCCUGAAACUCCGGGUGGCUGACUCAAAGGCCCUUAUCCUGGCAGACAAGGCCGCAGUUCAUUGCUCGCCGACCUUUCGCCGCCUCAGGGAAAGGUUCGAGCAAGAGCACAAUUGCAUUUUGGUCUGUGGGGAGGAUCUGGUAGGCACGGUGGAGAUUCCGGGUGGGUGGGGAGCAUGUGGUGCCCCGAACGAUGGCUUCCACCAGCACUUCCACAGCCUUCGCAGGGCAUACAUGCGAGCCGCCAUCGGACAGGGG